CACAAUGCACCGCGUACACCAACUAAACACGUAAAGAGGCGAAAAACGGAGCUGAUAAGUUGACCCAAACACACCGGGUAGACCUUCAGAAAGUAGCAGAAAGAGUGUGUGUGUGUGUUUUUUUUUGUUUGUUUGUUUUUUAGUUUAUAUGACUGACGUUGGAUGCAUACAGCGGUGCGGUGAUAUUCUCUCCUAGCGGCGGCUGGCGGCGGUGCUUUUUAGCGGUAGCUUGCCGGUUAGCUGGGACUCCCUAAACCCGUGUGUAGAAGCUGCUCGCAACAGCAGCUAGUUGACCCAAACUAGAGCAGACAAAGGAAAGAAAACAAUUUGUAGAAAGAUUUACAAAGCUGAAAUAAUAUCUGGUGUUACUUGAAGGGAGCGCGGCAUCGUAGUAGCUAGUUUGGUGCGACUCGUUACAGUCGUUUGUAGGAGGGCGGUCAGAAAUUUGUAAAUACUGGCUUUGGGUAAAUUUAGCAGACGUAGCUAGAGCAGCACAAUGAGCACCGAGGAGACGGCAGCGCCUACAAAAUCCGCUCCGGAUGAUGAUGGAAUGACAUGGUGGUACAGAUGGCUCUGCAAAAUAGCUGGUGUUUUGGGAGGAAUAUCCUGUGCAGUCUCAGGAGUGUGGAACUGUGUCACUGUGAACCCUUUAAACAUUGCUGCUGGAGUAUGGAUGGUGUUGAAUGCCUUCGUGUUGUUCCUUUGUGAAGUCCCGUUUUGUUGCCAGUUCAUCGAGUUUGCUAAUGCAGUUGCAGCUCGUGCAGACAAACUCAAACCCUGGCAGAAGGCCUUCUUCUAUUGUGGGAUGGCCCUGUUUCCUGUGUUCUUGAGUUUCUCCUUCACGACCUUGUUUGGAAACGCCAUCGCCUUUGCCACAGGAGUUCUGUAUGGCCUCGCUUCUUUAGGCAAAAAGGGAGAUGCAGUGACUUAUGCCAGACUGCAGCAUCAGAAACAGGGGGAUGAAGAGAGGAUGACGGGAACGACAAACGGGGCUCCAGAGUGAGGCAUCUGCCUUUCCACCAUCCUCUUUUUUUUUUUUUUUUUCCCCUCCCCCCUCCUCAGUUCUUACACUUGCAAUUUUUCUCCUGUCCUCCAUCCAUCCUACCUCUUUUUCCACAGGCCUUUCCCCACUUUCACAGUGGUACUGAGUUUAUUUAUUUACUUAGUUGUUACAUUCUUGUUGUUCUGACCUAUAUAACGGAUUCAGCCUGUUAUUUGGUAUUUGCCGUAUAAAUGGGAUUUAUGAUUGUGAACUGAUUACUUAUAUUUAAAACUUAGUUUUUAUGUUUUGUUGUGUCAUAAGUCCUUUUUUGUUUUAUUUACAUUGUUGUUGCCCGAAAGCCUUUCAGGAGACCUGAUUAGAAAUUAAAGUGAUUGUAAUUUGUACAUAAUUGACUUCAGGUUAUUCACUUUGACUUUAAGGCUGCAGUUCAGAGUUGUGUGUUAGAGGAAUUUGCCUCUUUGCAUUCUUUGUGUUUGUCUCCCCACUGUGGCACCAUGUCUCAACACAAUUUAAUAGCCACGUGGCCAGACUGGGUAUAAUUUUGGUUUUGGUACAGUGUAGUACACAUUGUCAGCAGCACAACACAUCAGCACGAAAAAAAAAAAAAUCAUUACAUUUUAAUAAUGCACAAUAUCCCUGGGUAAAAAGAAACUGCAUGUAUCACAAAACAGGAAUCAUGGCGAACAGAACUGCCCUCACAGAGUUGGGAGAGUGGAAUUGUUGGCUGGAAGAAUGUGACUCUGUUCCUCACUCGACUUCAGAUCGUACUCUUCACAGCGGGGACUCUUCAGCUGCAGGAGGCUGUCAUGUGCACGAGGAUAUGUGAGCACCUGCAAGGCAUGGCGUGCAUCACAUCGGUGUCUCAGCUCACUUCAGUAUUACUCAGAAUCAGUUGGGGAGAGAAGCAGGGAAUCUAGAGAGCUGGGACUCUUUAGAUUCUGAGCUGGGGCUCUCUAGAUGAGCCCCAGCUCAUCCGGAGAGAAAAAAAAAGAUUUCUUUUCUGUCUUCUCUGAAGUCUGGAGACAGAAUCAACUGGAGAAGCUGAAAUGUGAUUGUAGGGAUAAACACUGCUCAUUCCCUCUGGCUCUCUGGACUCUUGCCCUUUGGCCGUGAGGGCUCCGUCUAGGGUCUCCCUCCUUCCUCCUCUGGGGUGUGCACUCGGUUGCCA